CGGGCGCAGCCGUUUCAGCGCUAGUCCAACCCGAUCCUCCCGCGCAGUUGUUGAAGUAAAGCAACAGCGGCAAGAGGCGCGGGAGGAAGAGUUGUGGAAAGAAUUUCACUGCGCAUGCGCGACGAGGCCUGAGGCAGGGAGGAGGGUGGGGAGGGCCCGGCGGUCUUGGUUUCGUCUCUUUCUCUCCGCUCGCUCAGCGGAGCCGGAAAGGGAGGGCGGGGAAGGGAGACACCUCGGCUGGGCUGGGCGCUUUCGGGUGCCGGGCGCGGGCGAGCCAGAGCCGCCGGUGGGAGGAUCCUUAGGGGAAGCUGUUGCUUUCCUUGCUGUUGCCGCCGCCUCCUCUUCGGUGAAGCGCCCUCUCUCCGUCCCCGCCCGGGACCGAGUCCAUUGGCUACAAAAUGGCGGACGGGGAACUGAAUGUGGAUAGUCUCAUCACCAGGCUGCUGGAAGUGAGAGGAUGUCGUCCAGGCAAGAUUGUGCAGAUGACAGAAGCUGAAGUUCGGGGCUUGUGCAUAAAAUCACGAGAAAUAUUUCUUAGCCAGCCCAUUCUUCUGGAACUAGAGGCACCACUGAAGAUUUGUGGUGACAUUCACGGCCAAUAUACAGAUCUACUUCGUUUGUUUGAAUAUGGGGGAUUUCCACCUGAAGCCAAUUAUCUUUUUCUGGGGGAUUACGUGGACAGAGGCAAACAGUCCUUGGAAACCAUCUGUUUAUUACUUGCAUAUAAAAUCAAAUAUCCAGAGAAUUUUUUUCUUCUGAGAGGAAACCAUGAGUGUGCUAGUAUUAAUCGCAUUUAUGGAUUCUAUGAUGAAUGUAAACGGCGGUUUAAUAUCAAGCUUUGGAAGACAUUUACAGACUGCUUUAAUUGUCUGCCUAUUGCAGCCAUUGUAGAUGAGAAGAUUUUCUGCUGUCAUGGAGGAUUAUCGCCAGAUCUGCAGUCAAUGGAACAGAUCCGAAGAAUUAUGAGACCCACAGAUGUUCCUGACACUGGCUUGCUCUGUGACCUGCUGUGGUCUGAUCCAGACAAGGAUGUACAAGGAUGGGGUGAAAAUGAUCGUGGAGUUUCCUUCACUUUUGGAGCUGAUGUGGUCAGCAAAUUUUUGAACCGUCAUGAUUUGGAUUUGAUUUGUCGAGCUCAUCAGGUGGUUGAAGAUGGCUAUGAAUUCUUUGCCAAACGACAGCUGGUAACCCUAUUUUCUGCUCCUAAUUACUGUGGAGAGUUCGACAAUGCUGGUGGCAUGAUGAGUGUGGAUGAAACUUUGAUGUGCUCUUUUCAGAUUCUGAAACCAUCUGAAAAGAAAGCAAAGUACCAGUAUGGUGGACUGAACUCUGGACGUCCAGUCACUCCACCUCGCACAGCUAAUCCACCGAAGAAGAGGUGAAGAAAGGAACACAGUAGAAAAACCAUCAGAUCUAUAAAGGACAAAACUCCAUAUAUACAGUAUAUAAUAAGUGUGCACUGUAAAACCAUCCAGCCAUUUUGACACCCUUUAUGAUGUCACAUCUUUAACUUAAAGAGACGGGUAAAGGAUCUUUAAUAUUUUCUAGUUGACAGAUGUGCAACACUGUGUUGUAACACGUAUACUCCAAGUUCUAAUAACCAACAUAGAGUGAAAUCAGAUCUAAACAAAUUAUUUUGGUUGCAUACUCACAUCACAGUUUUUAAAGCUGACCAACAUCCCAAUUUAAGCUUGAUGUAAUAGUUAAACCAGAUGAGAGCAUGAUGUUUCAUUUGUGUAAUGUGGUCUUACUGUUGCUUGAUUGCUUUUAUUUCUAUUAUUUUGUAGCUAGAAUGAUGGCAAAGUAUCUAGUCAUGUUCCCUGGCUGAAAACGAAUUGUGGAAGGGAUUUUUUUUUUUUAGGACAGCUGCUGCUGUUUUCCUUUCUAGUAAUCUUGCUAACUAAACAUGUGCCCCUCCAUUAGAAGUAUAGUGACUAAAGACAAACUAAGUCUAAGAUGAUGACUUCAAUAAAGCUCCCUAUUUAGACAGCCCAGCAGUCAAUAUUUCUGACAAAAAACUCCUUGCUUUUUCUCUUUGACUGCCACAGAAUGACUUUGUGCACUGCACCAUUUUAAAUUAACAUUACACUCACAAUGGCACUUCAUUUAACUAAAAUAGGGCAAGAAUGGUAUUAUUUAGUUGGUAACUUGAUUAUGUGGUACCGUGCAUUAGGUUUUAUUAGCAUGAAACACCUUUUGGCAUGCUUAGCUUCCUGGUAAUGCCAUACUUGCAUUAAAGUGCAUCCUGCAUAGCUCAUCGAACAUGAAGAUCCUUCUUGACAAGCCUUGAAAAGCUGACUCUUCUCCCCCACCCUCCUCUGCACUCUGCCCCGCCCUCCAGGAGGGUGUAUUUAAAUGGAUGUUGAUCAGUGAGCAGUAGGUUAACUAUGGCUAGUGGUGGUUGGACUGUCUAAUAUUGCCAUGUGAAUGUUCUACAUGAUUGUAAGGCUUACGUCACUAAAGAUGAUAACCUUUGGAUUUUCAUGAUCGAAGUUCAUAUACUAUUGUAAAGACUUCUGCUUUGUAGUGUAUUAUAGUAGCAAUAAUUUCUGUACAUGAUCAAGAGUUAAUGCAGUAUUUCUUUUCCUGUUUUCCUUAAAGGUUUCAUAUUAAUGGCAAAAUGUAAGAAAUGAAAGUUUGUAGGAGGAUAAACAUUGAAGGGCAGAGAUUUGAUUGGAUAAGAGUACAAAUUUUUAUUGAACAUUGUCAAAUUCGUACGAUUCUUUGGAAGGGAACCUUCUGAUUUAUACCAUUCUAAAUGUGCAACAAUAAAUGUAAAACUCUUUAAUAUUGUCUUUGCAAAUGUUAAAUUGAGGAUUCUGGUAACUUGCAUUUAAUGAACUGACAUGUAUUAUGCAAGUGAUUUCUGCAAAGUGAAAAGUUCUCUAAAAUGGAUUUAAGUCUCUUUUCUAAUUCCAUUUUGUUUUAAACAUAUAUUAAAUGUAGGUUUUUUUCAUUUAGUAAAGUUGUUUAAUUGAUUUGAA